GAACUAGCAUAAAUCUGUACCGUAAAUACCACGUAAAUACUGGUACGGUACAUCUGUCAGGCUGUACAUUGAUUACCGGUAAAUACAGAAAUAACAUAAAUAUUCAUUUUUUAUGAUCUGGCUGUAAACUACGGCAGUACUGCAGCACGGUUGCACGUAACAGUAUUAAGAAUGAACAACAAGUUUAGUGCGUUACAGGAUGAUGACAGUGGAGAGGAAAUCUCUAUAAAACCUGCAACAAUGGCAGAUGAAAUGCAUCGAGAAGUAAAACCUGGUUCAGGAGAACAUCCAUUACAAUAUUCUUAUUGUUUUUGGUAUUCAAAGAGGCCUCCAGGUCGUCCUGCUGAUCCAUCAGCUUUUGAAAAAAAUAUCAGAGUAGUGGCGACGUUUAUAUCUGUUGAACAAUUUUGGAAAGCAUACAGUCAUAUGAAACGUCCUGGUGACCUGAAUGGCCAUUGUGAUAUCCAUCUUUUCAAACAAGGAAUCAAACCACUGUGGGAGGAUGAAGCAAACAAAGAUGGUGGGAAAUGGAUUGUAAGAUUAAGGAAACAUUUUACAUCUAGAUGUUGGGAGAAUUUAAUUAUGGCAAUGGUUGGUGAACAGUUUAUGGUUGGUGAUGAAGUAUGUGGAGCCGUUGUUUCGCUUCGAUUCCAGGAAGAUAUAAUAUCUAUAUGGAAUAAAACUGCAAAUAAUUCACAAGUUACCACGAGAAUUCGAGACACAUUGCGCAGAGUUCUCAACUUACCACCAACUGUUAUAAUGGAAUAUAAAAAACAUAAUCAAAGUAUAAGGGAUAAAACAAGCUUUCGGAACACAGAGUUCUUUCCAAGAUAGGUUUUUUGUACCUUUCUCCCCCUAUCUUUUUACAUCGGGUGUGAGUCCAGUACCAGGAGCGUACCCUCAGACACAACUUUAAAGAAACGAUCUUUAUCGGCCAUUCAAAAUUUUGUUAAUUUCAAAAUUGUCAUAUGUGUUUCAUUUUGCCCAGAUGAUCUUAGUAUUGUUGUUAGACUUGAAGAUAUAGACCAUAUUUAUAGUAGUGAUAUUUUAGGCCAAGAAAUUGGCUGUUUUUUGUGUAUUUGACGAUUUUUUGUUGUUUGGUGUGGUUUACAUUUGUGUGGGACAUGAAAAAUGCAAAAUAAAUCUGUGUUUGUGAUUUGACAAUGUGUAUUUUUGAAAUAGCAGUCGAUUGUGGUUUUAAUUUAUUUUUUCUAACUGUGUUUUAAUCAAAAGAAUUUAUGACACAUUGUUCUCAUUUAUUUUGCUUAGGCCUAUAGAAAUCUCCAUAAUGCAUUAAGUAAGAUGCAUAGGCUUUUGGCAAUUUCAAAGCGUAUUAUGCUUGGCAAUCUGUCAAUGGGUAAAUGUUUGUCCAUAGUCUGUUUUGCAGCGACAGUGCGUAAACUAACAACAAAAAAUCAAAUCGCAUCAUUUGUUGUACUUUCCAAGAAUUUCGAAUCGUCAUAUGUGUUUUAUUUUGCACGGAUGGUCUUAGUAUUGUUGUUGGACUUGAUAUAGACAAUAUUUAUAGUGGUGAUAUUUCAGUCCAAAAAAUUGGCAGAUUUUUUGUGAAUUUAUAUUUUGUUGUUUGAUGUGGUUUCCAUUAACGUUGGACAUGAAAAAUAAAUCUGUUUGUGCGCUAUAAUCAUGAUUUUCUAUUCGAAAGUGAGUGCAUUUAGAGACUUUUGUUCAAAAUUAUUGAAGUUUACUUGAAUAUGUAUUGUGGUUUCACUUUAUUAAGAACACAUGAUGGCUAAAACUUGUUGCUAAAGUAUUUUCUAGUGGUGAGUUAUAUAUGUGAAAUGUAUUUCUUGAAGCAAUCCACGUUUGCAGAAUAUGUAUAUUGAAUGAAUUUUUGAGGUUGGAAAUACAUGUACUCUGCCUUCUAUUUUAAUAUUUUAUCUGCUAUAUGUUUUACUCUUCUAAUAAUACAGUUUUUAACAUGUCAUUCUGACAUACCUGAUAGAAAAUCAAUUUUUUCAAGCUAGCCUUCGUCUCUUUCGCCCAGGCUCUGGUUUGCGAAAAUCUGUGACGGAGAAAAACGAAAACUCUGUAAAUGAUAUUAAUUGUUUUCUUAUAUUCAACAUCUCAGCGCAUGCAGGGGUUUAAUAAUUUGAUUCUGUUAGAUACAUUGACCAAUCAAUCAGGGCUGUGGGGGAAAUUCUUUAAUUGCUUCUGGUUUGUGCAAGAUUCGUCCUCCAACUCUGGUUUAGAUAAAAUUUGUCUCCCAACUGCGAGAAAAUCGAUUUCUGAAAAGGGAAACUUAGUCUGUUCAAAACGCUUAGUGAACUUUAAUUUUUAGUUUUUGGCCUUCUGUGAUGACUUUUAACUAAUUCCAUCACAGGAGAGAUCCGAAGUCCCGAGUUCAAAAUACAGACUACAUGAAGCCAUGCGUUCUCGAUACGUCAUAACGAAACCUGAAUCCAACAGCUUGAUGGGUCAAAAGAACUCUUUGGUACAAAGACCCAAAUCACUGUUGAACGCAGCGUAUAUAAAUUAAUUGCUUGCGUAGUAGUCUACUUUGACAGUGUGUGUUUUUGAAAUAGCAUCUGAUUGUGGUUUUAAUUUAUGUUUUUACCAGUGUUUUUUAUUCAAAAAGAUUCACGAUUUUUCCUAUAUUUUCGUAGGAACGAAAUCAAGUUCAUGCAUCUGAAACAAUAAUAACUGACUAAGGAAUGCCAUAACCGGACGUCAUAUGGUUAAGCCGUCUUAUCGGCAUUCCUCUUCCGGGGAUGAAUAAUAAAAUUCCAUCCUAACCACCAUAUGUAAAAUUAUUUAUUUCAGAUACAUAGGCUACUUGUUGAGUAUUUUCAUAUCCGACGGCUUCUUUUUUGAGAAAAAACCCUGGAGACAAGAAUGUUUUCUUUGCUACUUAGUUACUCUUAACAGUUUGGGAAUGUUCUCAAUUCUGCAGAGACGAAUUCGAAAAAAUGAUAUCAUAUUAUAUCUUUUGAAUUAUCUGUAUUACAAAAAGUUAUGGAAGUAUUCAUUAAAAAAAUGAUAAAGAUGAAAACUA